AUGUGUUAUGGCGGCUCAGCCGAUUACGAAUAUAAUUUAUUUCUUGAAAAUGAAGAAUGGGAUGGAUAUUUAGCCAGCGAUUAUGAAAACAGAAUCGAAGGUACGAGUGAGCGACUCAAUAAAAGCGAAAUCCAGUCUAGCGUAGAUCUCACCGAUUUGCCACCGAUAUCUCCAAGUGAUUUUAAUGGAGUUCCCAAUAAAAAGAGUUCAUCAUAA